UGGACUCAGUGGUGCACCCCAUCUGGGGAAGUCAGCUCAAAGUGGUAGCUUGUCGUUGCAAACAGGCGGAUAAAUAAAAAAAAUUGCUGCAUCUUUUGAUUUGAAACCAGAAGAACAUGAAGGCAGCCGUGGUUCUGCUCGGCCUCGGCCUCCUGUUGGACACCACCUUUGCUGCAGAAGAGUCGUGCCAGGGCCGCUGUGGCUCCUUCAGCUCCCAGAGCAAAUGUCAGUGCGACUCCAUGUGCGUGUACUACGCAAGCUGCUGCGGCGACUACUUCACGACCUGCCCCAGAAAGAUCACUCGAGGUGACACCUUCGCGGACGCGGAUACCGUGACGGGAGCGACGACUCCGACCUACUACACGACUCUCAUGCCAACUUCAAACACAGUUGCACCAGCCAAGCCCUCCUCUCCCCCGUUUGUCCCCAACAAAGACGACACGGAGGCCAUAGAGCCUGACGCGGCGCCCUGCAGCGGUCAAGCUUUUGAUGCCUUUCUGCAGCUGAAGAACGGGUCGGUGUACGCGUUCAGAGGGGACUAUUUUUUCGAGCUGGAUGACAAGUCCGUACUUCCUGGUUACCCCAAACUCAUCCAGGAUGUGUGGGGAAUCUCUGGGCCCAUCAGCGCUGCGUUCACACGCAUCAACUGCCAGGGAAAAUCCUACAUCUUCAAGGGUAACAAGUACUGGAGGUUUGACGGCGAUGUCCUGGAUGAGGACUAUCCACGGGACAUUUCAGUCGGCUUUGAAGGCAUACCAGAGGACAUCGACGCCGCGUUUGCCGUGCCGGCGCCAAGUCACCGUGGCAAAGAGAAAGCCUACUUCUUCAAAGGAGACAAAUAUUAUCAGUAUGAGUUCAAGCACCAACCUUCCCACGAGGCGUGUGUCCAGAUAAGCGAGUCCUCGCCGUCCUUGCUCUUCACUCGGUACACGGGCGUCUACUGCGAGCAGACAUGGGAGGACCUCUUCGCAGAUCUCUUUGGAGGCCCCCGCAGCAGUCCCCACACGGGUCCCCAUCUCAUCACCAGGGACUGGCAGGGCAUCAGGCCUCCGGUGGAUGCCGCCAUGGUGGGACGAGUCCACCUCAGUCCCCCGCCCACGCCAACCUCUCCUACGCUGACUACGAAGCGCAGACGUCGAAGGAAGAGGCCCAGCAAGAAGAGAGGACAGCGAAGGAGGCACAGCCGCUCUGUGUGGGAUUACUUGUUCCUUGACGACUUGUACGAUGACUUGUUUGACUUCACCGACUACAGCUACACCCUAGAGGAGCCCAUCACACCGCAGUACCAGAGCGUCCCGGAUCAAAAUGUGUAUUUCUUCAAGAAAGAUAAAUACUACAGAGUGUCUCUGAAGACAAAACGUGUGGACGCUGCCUUCCCUCCUUACCCGCGAUCCAUUGCCAAAUACUGGCUGGGCUGUGAGCAGGAAGAGAUGCCUGAUGCAUCAAGGGCAGAGAAGAAGAAAUAAGCCAGCUGACCCGCAGUCUGGAGACGGAGAAAUGCACCUGUAUGUUUUAAACAAUACAGUAUGAGCUUACUAACGAGAGCACAUGUUACUUUUGUUGUUGCAGCAUUUAGUACACGAACAAUGCUUUUCCACUGCUUCCUUAGCUGAAUAUAUCGAAACUGUGCAUGGUUUAAUGAACUUUAGAUUUUAGUCUCGUUUGUUUUUUGGUUCGCUGUCCAAAUAUAUACACACGUACAAGUAAUGCAUAUAGUAGCUUUUUGCAUAUAUAGUAACAUUAACCACUGACCCUUGACUUAAACCAAGUUCUGACCUGAAGUCCAUUAAAACGAGUCAAUGUGUCCUCUCAAAAUAAAUAAAUAAACAUCUAUUAAGCUCAAA